GGCCUGAGGGCGCCCCGCCGCCGCGCCCGCAGCAGCAGCAUCAUGCCGGUGCGGAGGGGCCACGUGGCCCCGCAGAACACCUACCUGGACACCAUCAUCCGCAAGUUCGAGGGGCAGAACCGCAAGUUCCUCAUUGCGAAUGCACAGAUGGAGAACUGCGCCAUUAUCUAUUGCAAUGAUGGCUUCUGCGAGAUGUUUGGUUACUCCCGGGUGGAGGUCAUGCAGCGCCCUUGCACCUGCAACUUCCUUACUGGGCCUGACACCACCAAGAACUCCAUUUCACAGCUGACACAGGCCUUGCUGGGCUCUGAGGAGUGCAAGCUGGAGAUCCUCUACUACAGGAAAGACACAUCGUGCUUGCGGUGCCUGGUGGACGUGGUUCCAGUGAAGAACGAGGAGGGGUCUGUCAUUAUGUUCAUCCUCAACUUCGAAGAUCUGGCGGAGCUCAUGGCCAAGAGUGCCAGCCGGAGCUUCCACCAUCGGCUGUCCCAGAGCUGGCGCUCAGGUCAAGGUAGGAGGUUGAAGUUUAGUCUCCCGUCCCUGCGGCGACUCACAGUCCAGCGGAAAUCUCUGCCCACCAGUGAGUUUGAUGGAGUAGCCAUUGACUAUGGAAAGCCUGGUGGCGACUCUUUGAUUAUGAGGGACUUGAAGACUCCACCCAAUGAGAACUGUGUCCAGUCAGAGACCGAGUCCCUCCUGGAAAAGGAGAGGAUGCCGAGCCUGGAGGCCAUCCCCACCGCACAUCACUCGUCCCUGAAACAAGAGCCUCCCUUCCUGAGACCACCAGGGUCAUACGCGGCCUGGGGUUUGGCUCGGUUGCGCGCCAAGGGCAGCUUCCACAGCCUCCGCAGGGUCUCCUCCUUGGACAACUUUGAGGCCACGAGGUCUGAGUUCCAGAGAAAAUGCAGGGAGAGGAGGGCAAACUCAGAGGCCUCCCAUGUCAAGCCCAGCCCCCAGAACUUCACCUCAGACUCUGACCUCAUGAAGUACCGCACCAUCAGCCAGAUCCCCCAGUUCACCCUCAACUUUGUGGAGUUCAACCUGGAGAAGCAUCGCUCGGGCUCCACCACAGAGAUUGAAAUCAUCGCACCCCACAAGGUGACGGAGCGCACCCAGAACGUCACCGAGAAAGUCACGCAGGUCCUGUCACUGGGUGCUGACGUCCUCCCGGAGUACAAGCUGCAGGCUCCACGGAUCCAUCGAUGGACCAUCCUGCAUUACAGCCCCUUCAAGGCUGUAUGGGACUGGCUGAUCCUGCUGCUGGUCAUCUACACAGCUGUCUUCACGCCCUACUCAGCUGCCUUCCUGCUCAAUGAGGAGCAGGAGGAAAAGCGUUGGGACUGUGGCUACUCGUGUGACCCCCUCAACAUCAUCGACCUCAUUGUGGACAUUAUGUUCAUCAUUGACAUCAUCAUCAAUUUUCGCACCACCUAUGUCAAUGUCAAUGACGAGGUGGUGAGUCAUCCUGCCAAGAUUGCAAUCCACUACUUCAAGGGCUGGUUCCUCAUUGAUAUGGUGGCUGCCAUCCCCUUUGACCUUCUCAUCUUCCGCUCUGGCUCGGAUGAGACAACCACCCUCAUUGGGCUGCUGAAGACGGCACGACUGCUGCGCCUGGUGCGCGUGGCCCGCAAGCUGGACCGCUACUCAGAAUAUGGGGCAGCCGUGCUCUUCCUGCUCAUGUGCACCUUUGCCCUCAUUGCCCACUGGCUGGCCUGCAUCUGGUAUGCUAUUGGCAAUGUGGAGCGGCCCUACAUGGAGCACAAGAUCGGCUGGCUGGACAACCUGGGUGACCAGAUCGGCAAGCGCUACAAUGACAGUGACCUCUCAUCUGGCCCCUCCAUCAAGGACAAGUACGUCACUGCCCUCUACUUCACCUUCAGCAGUCUCACCAGCGUCGGCUUCGGCAACGUCUCCCCCAACACCAAUUCUGAGAAGAUCUUCUCCAUCUGUGUCAUGCUUAUCGGCUCCCUGAUGUAUGCCAGCAUCUUCGGCAAUGUCUCAGCCAUCAUCCAGCGCCUGUACUCAGGCACAGCCCGCUACCACACCCAGAUGCUGCGGGUGAAGGAGUUCAUUCGCUUCCACCAGAUCCCCAACCCACUGCGCCAGCGCCUGGAGGAGUAUUUCCAGCACGCCUGGUCCUAUACCAAUGGCAUUGAUAUGAAUGCGGUGCUGAAAGGCUUCCCUGACUGCCUACAAGCUGACAUUUGUCUCCACCUGAACCGCACCCUCCUCCAAAACUGCAAAGCUUUCCGGGGGGCCAGCAAGGGCUGCCUCCGUGCCCUGGCCAUGAAGUUCAAGACAACCCACGCACCUCCAGGAGACACUCUCGUGCAUUAUGGAGAUGUCCUCACCACCCUCUACUUUAUCUCCCGCGGCUCCAUCGAGAUCCUCAGGGAAGACAUUGUGGUGGCCAUCUUAGGGAAGAACGACAUCUUUGGAGAGCCCAUCAGCCUCUAUGCCCGGCCUGGGAAAUCCAACGCAGAUGUGCGGGCACUGACCUACUGUGAUUUGCAUAAAAUCCAGCGGGAGGACCUCCUGGAAGUCCUGGACAUGUACCCUGCCUUUUCGGACAAUUUCUGGAGCAACUUAGAGAUAACUUUCAACCUGAGAGAUGCAGAUAGCAUUCCCCGCUCACCGCUCAGCGAGGAGUACGACUGCAACUACCGCCGUGUGCGCCGGCGCAGACACUCCCUCUGCAAACCCAAUAAGACUGAUGCUGACGCUGGCAUCUCAGAUGCGGAGCAGUAUCAUACCUACUCUGAGCUCACCAACACCAAGAACACCCUCAGCAAGGAGCAGUGGGAUGACCUGGGCAGCAGCACCACCCCCUGCUCCCAGACCAGUGAUGAUGAAGCCAAACCUGCCAGUCCCACGAAAGCUGAGCCCUUCCUCGCCUCUGAGAAGGAUGAUUUUGUCCCGCCUGUGCUCAGCUUCGUCACCACCAACAACAGGGGCACUGACAUCAGCAGGCAGUCAGCAGAUGGCAGCCAGUCUUACGCAGCCACCCCCUUGGACAUCCCCAGUAUGUUCACCUUCUGGGAGGACAGAAAGCCAAACCUCCACCCAGAACCCUUGCAACACUUGUCCCUGGUCCACAAUUCCCAGGACCUUCCUCUGCACAUUGACUACCGGCCAGGCCAGAUUGAGUCCAGGCUGGAGCUCCUGCAAGCCCAGAUCAGCAGGUUGGAAUCCAGGAUGUCUUCAGACAUUAAUAUAAUCCUUCAGAUGCUGCAGCGCCAGCUGUCCCAAGUGCCACCUGCCUAUAGCCCCAUCUCGCCAUCCUCCCAUAAUCUAGCCAUGUAUGGCAUUGUUCCCAGGGGCAUGGAGCCUGCUUCACCAUGCACACCACUUCAGGAAGAGGAUCUGACUCCUCCUGGGCAGAGCCCAAGCUAUACAGAGAUAGAAAAGUUUCACUUGAAAUCCAGGGACUCCUUGUCAAGUGGGAUACACCUGACUGUGGCAUCCGAUGAAACCAUGACCAUCAACUCUGAGCAGGAACACCAUUCUCCCACCCUCCCCAUCCCAGAGCCCCACCAGAGGGCACCAAGUACUCCAGGACUUUACCGGAGCAUCCGUUUCCCUUCGCUCCCUGAGUAUCUUGAGGCAUCUUCUGAACACCUGGACAUUCAGAGACACCUCUCUGACCCCCUGCUCCCUGGAAGUUAGAGACAUGUGAGCUUCAAGCCAAGUCUAAAGGAACCUCAGCUAAGAACUCAUGUAGCAGAUAUUGAUUUUGACCAUGGGGGUGAGAGGUGGAGGACCCAGUUAUUGGCUCAUGAGAACAAUUUUUGACUGUUUUCUGCCAUGAGGAGGAGAGUAUAAAACGGGUGGCUUCAAAGACCAUCAUUCUCCCGCAGUUUAUGUAGAGUAGAUAUCAACUGCACAUCAUAGAGUGAACCCAAAGCAGCUCAUUCAUAAAAAGCUGCUGGGCUGGUUGGGUCAGUAGGUACCCACUUUCUCUUCCUUGCCAAGGCAUUCCCUGACAUUGGUACAAAUCCUGUUGACAGAACCAGACUAGGCCACAAGGAUAGGAAGGCAAAUCCUUGGCUGUCCACCAAGAGGACACCCUGCCAUCAGUUCUCUUGAGCAGGGGCCAUACCUGCCUUUGCAUUUAUACCACGCCUAGUGCAAUGGGGCCUUUGUGAUACCAUAGCAGUACAGAAGGUACUCCAUGGAGGGGAGAAGUGGGGAACUGACAAUGACAUAUUGGGAGGAGCUAAAGGCUUAAAGUCCAAGGUAUGAAGGGGCAGUUCUUGUCCCACCUAACUAACAUUAAAGAACAGGGAGAUGGUGGUCAUCAUCUCUCCAUGUUGCCUCAGUGCAAGCUCCUGAGUGCAGGCUCCUGCAGCAAAGCUGAUGGACCUAGAAGCUGGCCCAAAAAUGCUUCCUCCAGCCUGCAUCCAACUUUCACAAAUCCCUGGCCCCUUUGCAGAUGAACCCAACUGUUCCCUGGCUUGGGUGGAAAGCACAAAACUCAUAAGCACAAUCCUGGAAAGCAGAUGAGGAAACCAGCCCCCAGGCACAUUUUUGGCCCUUCCUUCAAAAAAGCCUCUUUUGAUACAGAUAGACGCUUUCCCUGAGGAAUCCCUGUAGCUCCCUGUAGGAGGGCGCCCGACUGCCCCAGCCACCCUGCCACUUGGUUAGAUGCUGUAAUGGUCCUAGGCUGCCUGCUCAAAUAACGUACUGAGCUCCCUGUGAGAGUAGCAAAACUGUGAGCAUUUCUUUCUCUGAAGUUUUAGCAUACACUUUGCUAAUAAAGAUGUUUUUGGCACCUAA